CAAUUGCCGCUGAUUCAUACACGCUUGCACGCAAACCCGAACCCAAACCCUAAUCCCCAAUCGCUCUGUCCACAAACCCAAAUUGGCAUUUUAAUUCCCUCUGUUUCAGAAUAAUUAUAUGCAUUGGCAAGAUAUCAUUUCGUAGAUAUAGGUGGAGCAGAAGCUUUUGUCCAGAGUUCAAAGACCUUUCUUUAUCUUCUACAAGUGAAUUUAUACUUGAGAUUAAAUGAGUGGUAGAGAAGCAAGAGGCAGGUCUCGUAGGGAUUAUCCUGCGAAAUCUGAAGAGAAAUCCCAGCAUGGUCGGGGAAACAAUCCCCCAUCGAGACACCUUUGGGUUGGAAAUCUUUCGCACAACUUAACAGAGAAUGAUUUGGCCCAUCAAUUUCUCAAGUUUGGGGAUCUUGAGAGUCUUGCAUUUCAACUGGGUCGCAGUUAUGCUUUCAUUAACUAUAGAAAUGAUAAAGAUGCUUUUCUUGCAGUAAGAGAGCUCCAAGGUUUUGUUCUUGCAGGCAAUCCACUUAAGAUUGAGUUUGCGAAGGCGGUUAGUUUUGUUGAUCUUUGUCUACUUGCCUUUUGGUACCAUUUUGAUGCCACUUCCUACAUAUGUACAUUUUUUAUCGGUUCUAUGGAAUCUAUGGCAAUUCAAGACAGCUUGGUGAUACAGAAUAUUAGAAGCAUACACAAAGAAGCAACAUCAUGCCUUGUUCAGUCUAACUCAUCCAUCACUUAUUUAAGAAAAUAUGAAAAAUCAGUCAAAUUCAUCAGUCUUCCACUCCAAAGCAAAAAACAAAAAAGACAAAGCAAGAUGCUAUGUAAUAUUUAACUCUUCAUCCAAUGAACAUAAGCCCUGAAAGGGAUGUGAAGCCAUUCUCAAUGUCUUCCACUGACCCAUUGAAUCCAGGCGACGAGGGGAAUUCAUUGAUUGAAUCCAUUUUUGAUGAUGUGCCGCUAACAAGGCCGACCUAUUCUCCCAAUGCAAUCUGGUUUUGUAUGGGCAUGGAAUUCGAUCCUAUCUCAAUAAUCCAAUUUUUCGACUGCAUAAUAUACUCUCCACUCAAUAAGCAUUAGCAUUAGCAUUAGGCCUCACUUCUGUUUUGAACGAAAUGAUUAGAUCUGCAAAGAUUUCUUAAUGCUAUACCACUGAAUUGUAUGGAAGGUCCUAAAAGGCACACAUUGAUUUUACAUUUAUGGUACUCUGUUACUUCUCCACUGUGGGAAACUAAAAGCUUGGUGUCAUAUGAAUAAUUUUGAAAGGUUGCAAAAGUCACGUCUCAUUUUUACCAUCUAUGAAUCAGGCUCUGAUAUGGCUGCAAUCUUGACAAAUGAGAGCUCGAUACCUGUAAAAAUUAAACACUUCCUGAAAGUCACACCUUGGUUCUACCAGUAUGAAACAAGCUUUUUAUUUCCAUCGAAAUUUCGAUGAAUGAAAUGCAAAUGAAUUGAACACAAUGAAUAGUGUCUUCAGCAGCACUAUUGCUGAAAGAGGAUUGAUAUGUUUGUCACUAAUAAAGGUGGACCACUCAUUUAACAGAAAAUGUCAUUUCACCAGUCAUACACAAUUUUGAACUUGUAUAGAAAAAUUCUCAUAUCUACAUGGAUGUAGAUAUACAUUCAUGAUGGUAGUAAGCAUGAGUUUUGCAAGAUUGUUGCUAAAGAUUCUGUUACAAGGUAGUUAGAAUGGGUUAGAAAAAAUCUGAAGUUUCAGCCACUGUAGGAAAGCUUUAAGGAAAGCUAGAAUGAG